CUUCUUUUAUUCAACAUGCGCAGGACAGAAGUUGUGUUUUGGUUUUAACAACAAACGAGAAAGCUCAAAUCACAAGCAAAAAUACCGGCAAAGCAAAAUACCACCAUACACAGGUGACAUCCGUAUUUUUUAUAUUUUUGUUCGCUGUCAUUUUUGAUUCAUAAUCAAUAUUUGGAGAUAUGGAUAAAAGUACGAGAUUCACUAUUCACAAUCCAUUUUGCCAAAGACCAUGGCUAACCGGCAAAGGAGCAGCAGCACCAGCUGGAAGUGGUGGAAAAGGUCUAAAAGGUAUUGUAGCUGGGGGUAUAACAGGAGGUAUUGAGAUUUGUAUAACAUAUCCCACCGAAUAUAUAAAAACUCAAUUGCAAUUGGAUGAAAAAGGUGAUCGGAAAAAAUAUAGCGGCAUAUUUGAUUGUGUAAAAAAGACAGUACAGCAACGAGGUUUCCUUGGUCUAUAUAGAGGUCUUAGUGUUUUAGUCUAUGGCAGUAUUCCCAAGUCAGCCACAAGAUUUGGAGCUUUUGAGACACUUAAAGGUUUCAUGAUGGACACUAAUGGUCAACUCAGUGUUGGCGGAAAGUUAUUAUCGGGUUUGGGUGCAGGAGUAUGUGAAGCCAUCGUCGCUGUUACCCCAAUGGAAACGAUCAAAGUAAAAUUCGUACAUGAUCAGCGUAGUAGUGAGCCAAAAUUUAAAGGAUUUUUUCAUGGUGUUCGUACAAUUAUUCAAACUGAAGGAAUUGGUGGCAUUUAUAAAGGCUUAACAGCUACCAUACUUAAACAGGGUUCGAAUCAAGCAAUACGUUUUUUUGUUAUGGAAACAUUAAAAGAUGUUUACAAAGGAAAUGAUCCCGAAAAAAAAGUUCCUAAGCUUGUUGUGGGAGCAUUUGGUGCUAUAGCUGGUGCUGCAUCUGUUUUUGGUAACACUCCAUUGGAUGUAGUAAAAACUCGAAUGCAAGGCCUAGAAGCUUCCAAAUACCGAAAUACUGCCGACUGCGCCAUGCAAAUAUUACGAAAUGAAGGCAUCUCUGCUUUCUACAAGGGCACUGUUCCGCGAUUGGGUCGAGUAUGUCUUGAUGUUGGAAUAACAUUUAUGAUCUAUGAUUCAUUUAUGGCCCUAUUCAUGGGUUCAAAAUAAUUUCGUAUAUA